AUGAAAUCGCUCGUUGUUUAUUUGUUGACGCUGAUUUCGUUGUUAAGUCAUGUGCAAAGCGCCAAGAUCCUGGCUACUUUUCCAUUUCCCGGUCGUUCGCAGUAUAUAUUUGCCGAGUCGUAUCUUAAAGCGUUGGCAGCAAGGGGACAUGAGGUGACAGUCAUCAAUACAUUGCCAAAUAAGUCGACACCGAAUAUGCGUUUUAUUAGUGCGCCCAAGAUACACGAGUAUUUUGAUGAAAUGAUGAAAGAGAUAAGUGCGCCCACAUUGUGGCAACAGCUGAAUGGGUAUAAUCGGAUACUGACUAAAGUCACUGAAUGUACGAUGAAUGAUUUGGGCGUUCAGAAGUUAUUGCAAUCUGGAGAGACAUUCGACUUGGUCAUAGCGGAGACAGUGCAAACAGAGGCUUUGUUUGGUUUGGCGCAGCAUUUCAAUGCAACUUUGAUAGGCUUGUCCUCUUACGGCACCGAUUGGGAAAUUGAUAAGCUAAUGGGAAACACGUCGCCGUUGUCCUACAAUCCUCCGGUGACGUCAUCACGCACACAACACAUGAACUUUUACGAACGCCUACAGAAUCUCUAUGAAUUCAUUCUGACGGAGGUGCAUUGGGUGCUGGUCCACUUACCGGUAAUGCAACGCUUGUAUGACAAAUACUUUCCAAAUGCCAAGCAGACUAUGGCCGAAGUGCUGGGCAGCUUUAAGCUGAUGCUGCUCGGUCAACACUUUACACUCAGUCACUCACGGCCGUAUGUGCCCAACAUGAUUGAAGUCGGAGGACUCCACAUUUCACACAAGCCGGCUCCGUUACCUGAGCAGAUAAAACAGUUCAUUGAAGCAGCGCCUCAUGGUGUCAUUUACUUUUCCAUGGGCUCGAAUGUCAAGAGCAAGGAUUUGCCGCAGGAAACGCGUGAGAUGUUGUUGAAAGUGUUUGGGAGGCUGAAGCAACGUGUGCUCUGGAAAUUUGAGGAUAACCAGCUGCCUGGCAAGCCAGACAAUGUGUUCAUUAGCAAAUGGUUUCCACAACCCGACAUUUUGGCGCAUCCACAGGUCAAGCUCUUUAUCACCCACGGCGGCCUGUUAAGCACAAUUGAAAGCGUGUAUUUUGGCAAACCGGUGCUGGGCUUGCCCGUUUUCUACGAUCAAUUCAUGAACGUGGAGCGUGCCAGGCGCAUGGGUUUUGGACUAGGGUUGAGCCUUAUUAAUAUGGAAGAGAAACAGUUUGAGGAAGCCAUUCAAACGUUGCUCAAUACUGCUAGUUUUGCUCAGGCUUCGGCACUGAUAUCGGAGCGCUAUCGCGAUCAGCCGGAGACAUCUCUCGAACGCGCCAUUUGGUGGACAGAAUACGUAAUUCGGCAUAAGGGAGCAUCACACAUGCGUGUUGCCGCAAUGGACUUGAAUUUCAUCCAGAUACACAGCCUUGAUACCUUGGGAGUAUUAAUUGGUAUUCCAGUCUUGUUUUUGCUGCUUAUUGGAUAUCUAUCUUGUACAAUGAUGCGACGCGGAACUGGUUUUAAAACGAAACGACUUCUCGCGAAACAAAAGAAGAAUUAGAUAAUGACAUCAUGAAUAAAUUUUAAUUUGUGUAGUUGU